UUGUGGGUUACACUGCUUCUCAUUCAACAGGGAUAUACUCUGAUUCCAGUGAUCAGUGUUCAACCUGGUGAACCUGCAACCUUCACAUGUGCUUUACUCGAUAACAUGUUAAGCGCUCAAAGAGUUCAAUGGUUCAAGCAGAGUGUAGGAAAUACUAUGAAAUUUAUUGUAUCAGUGGAGAAAAACAUAAAACCCCAGUACAGCCCAGACUUUUCUGAAUCUAGAAUAGCUGUACAUAUUGAUGGGAAAUUUAGCAAUUUGACGAUUUUGAGGACGAAUCCAGAAGAUGAGGGAAUGUAUCACUGUGGAAUAUAUCAUAAUUAUAUGAUGAAUACUUGGAAUGGGACCUAUUUGUCACUGAAAGGGAAAACAGCAUCAGACUACACUGUUGUGCAGCGGCCGACAGUAUCUGAUCCAUUACGUCCAGGAGACUCCAUGUCUCUCCAGUGUUCACUUCUGUCUAACUCUGACAAAAAGACGUGUCCAGGAGAUCACAGUGUUUACUGGGUCAGGGUCGGCUCACAUGAAUCUGAUCCAGGAGUCAUUUACGCCGAAGGGAACAGACAAGAUGGAUGUAACAAUGACACUCAGUCCUCUCCAAAGAGCUGCCUUCACCACUUUUCUAAAACCAUCCACUCAUCUGAUGCUGGGACUUACUACUAUUACUGUGCUGUGGCCACAUGUGGACGGAUAUUAUUUGGAAAUGGAACGAGAAUACAAAUCGAAACCAGCAUACAGUCACAGAAGGAAAACAUCACUUUUGUUCUGCUGUGUACCAUUCUGAGUUUAUGUCUGAGUGUUAUAACCUUCUACAUCUGCAGCAUCAUGAAAGGAAAAGGCAACUGUUGCAGUGGUGCUGUUACCCCGGACAAAAUAAGCCCUGGGCAGAAAAGUCAUCACAGAUGUGACGAUACUGGGAUUUAUUCUGCUGCCGUCUUUACUGUGGUGAAAAGUGGCGGUGAUGGAGGAAGGAAAGGAAAAUUAACAGAAAGACAGAAGAUUUACGCUGCUGUCAAGGCUUUUGGACUGGAUUAGGAAUUUUACAAAAUUGUUUGGAAACAGUUUGUACCAUAUCAAGUUCAUGUUUAUGAGCCUGAUAACGGUUAAAUCACAUAUUAUGCCUCCCUAUUAGGAAGUGUGUGUACUCUGUAUCAUGUUAAAUUAGAUGCAGUACAUUAACAUCACUAGUUACUUUGUUCUGGCUGAGGUCCACACGUUCCUUAUGUAUAUACAGUUAUAUUCACAUCUCAGAUACAGAUGCUUUUUAAUCAAUAUCUGUUAUGAAUAAAAGAUCGGUAUUGGUCGACUGAAAUUUUAAGCUUUGCAUACAUGUGUAAGAGAUCUCUAAAAGUCAAAUAUACAAGCUUUAGUCUGAUUUGAAAACUCCAUUUAUAAUGCUUUUUCUUGCUUUCCUGAUGAACCCGUGUGAGUUAAUGUUCAUUAAAGGUAAUUUGCGAUUUUGCAUAUUCAAAAUACAGUAUAAUAGCCUCUGCUUAUAACUUGUGAAUAAGUAUAAAUACAUUAUGUCACUGCAUAAUCAGGUAAAUAAUAAAGUUUUGAC